AAAAAAACAUGAGUAGUAAUUUACAUAUUAUUAGUCCAAUCUUUCAAAUCCACAUGUAUUGUUACUAUAUAUUAGACAAACAUAGAAUCUAAUUGUUCUAAAUUCAAUUGUCGAUAACAGAAAUAAUUCAUACACAUCUCUCUAUCUUUUCCAAUAUAAGGUCUUUGAGAAAAUAUUCUGUUUAAACUCAAUUGUCUCUUCAUCUCCAUCUCCAUGUGACUCACUUCCAAACUACAGAGUUUUAAGUUAUAAGAAUAGAAACUUCAAAAAAGAAAAGCUUAGAAAAAGAGAGAUGGAGAGAGGAAAGAAACCUCACGUAUUGGUAAUUCCAUAUCCAACUCAAGGCCAUUUAAACCCUUUAAUCCAAUUCUCCAAGUUCUUAUCUUACAAAGGACUUGACAUCACAGUAGCCGUCACCACCUUCAUCUUCAACACCUUCAAACCCUCCAAAAAUAUCUUCUUCGAUUGGGACACUAUUUCCGAUGGUUUCGACGAAGGCGGGUUCGCUGAAGCCAACAGCAUCGACGAAUAUCUUGUUCGAAUCCAGACGAUUGGAGCAAGAACCUUGACUGACCUAAUCCACCGCCACAAAACCUCCAGCCGUCCAAUACACGGAGUCGUGUACGACUCCUUCAUGCCUUGGGCUGUAGAUGUCGCCAAGGACUUCGGCAUUAUGGCAGCGACGUUCUUCACGCAGCCUUGCUCGGUCAACUUGAUUUAUUACUGUUUUCAUGAGGGGUUGUUGAGUCUUCCUAUUUUGGAGGACAAUUCUAUAGCUGGGCUGCCGCCGAUUCGGGUGGAGGAGAUGCCGUCUUUCUUCUCGGCGCCAGAGUGUUACCCGAAUUACUUCGAGUUGGUGUUGAAUCAGUGGUCCAACACAAAGGAAGUUGAUUGGAUUCUUGUUAAUUCUAUCUACGAAUUUGAGCCAAAGGAAGCAGAUGAACUAGCAAAAUUUGGUCCAACACUAACGAUUGGACCAACUAUUCCAUCUUUCUACAUAGACAACCAUGACAUAGAUGACAAGAAAUACAUGUUAGAUCUCUUCAAAAUCGAGCCAGAGGAGGCAUCUUUAACAAGAAUGUGGCUUGAUAACAAACCAAAGGGCUCUGUUAUUUACGUGUCAUUUGGCAGCAUGGCCAACCUGAACAAUACUCAAAUGACAGAGUUGGCUAGUGGAUUAGUUGAAAGUAACCACUACUUUAUCUGGGUGAUUAGGGAAUCAGAAAAGGCAAAACUUCCUUCCUCCUUUGCGCCAGAAAAGGGGCUAAUAUUGCAAUGGAGCUCCCAACUAGAAGUGCUUUCAAAUGAAGCAGUUGGAUGCUUCUUCGCACACUGCGGGUGGAACUCAACGCUUGAAGCUCUGUGUUUGGGGGUCCCAAUGGUGGGGAUGCCACAGUGGACAGAUCAGCCGACCAACGCCAAGUACGUGGAGGAUGUGUGGAAGGUGGGAGUGAGAGUGAAGGUGGGCGAGGAUGGGAUUGUGAGGAAAGAAGAGAUCAAAGGUUGUAUAAGAAGAGUGAUGGAGGGAGAUAGGGCCUCAGAGUUCAAAGAAAAUGCUUUGAAAUGGAAACAGCUUGGGUUGAAAGCACUUGGAAAUGGUGGCAGUUCCAUGAAGAACAUUGAUCAACUCAUUUCUAGCUUGAGGGAGAAAAUUUUAGUUGAUUAAGAACUAUAAAUAUACAUAUUAUUGUUACAUGCAUGCUUUAAAAACUUUCAGUUUUAUAUAUUACUGCAUUGAUUUUCAGUUAUGUUUAUCAAUUGUCUUUUGUCAUUGGAUGAAAAAGGGAAUGUAUGUCAUAGUCAUAGAUAUGUUAAUCCUUUAUAUAUCUAAGACAAACUGUUUCUUUUAUUCUUUGGUUA